AUGGGCUCUGCCAAGGAGCUAGCGAUCGCCAUGUCCUCGGGUCUCUCCAUCACCCUCCUGCACCUCCUGUGCCUGGCGACCUGCGUCACCGAGCCCCCGGGGCACAUCAAAAAGGAGGAGAAAUUAUGUCCGGAGAAUUUUACAAGCAUCCUGAACAGUCUGCUGGAUGGUUAUGACAACAGGCUGCGCCCUGGAUUUGGGGGUCCGGUUACUGAAGUCAAAACAGAUAUAUAUGUCACCAGUUUUGGACCUGUUUCUGAUGUAGAAAUGGAAUACACAAUGGAUGUCUUCUUUCGUCAGACAUGGGUGGACAAAAGAUUAAAAUAUGAUGGUCCCAUUGAAAUUUUAAGACUUAAUAAUAUGAUGGUUUCAAAAGUGUGGACACCUGACACUUUUUUCAGGAAUGGGAAAAAAUCCGUCUCACAUAAUAUGACAGCCCCAAAUAAACUCUUUAGAAUAAUGAGAAAUGGCACCAUAUUAUACACUAUGAGGCUUACCAUAAGUGCAGAAUGUCCCAUGAGAUUAGUGGAUUUUCCAAUGGAUGGUCAUGCUUGUCCUCUCAAAUUUGGAAGUUAUGCAUAUCCAAAGAGUGAAAUGAUUUACACCUGGACAAAAGGACCUGAGCAAUCUGUGGAAGUUCCUGAAGAGUCCUCCAGUUUAGUUCAGUAUGACCUGCUGGGGCAUACAGUAUCCACUGAAACUGUUAAAUCAAUUACAGGUGAAUAUGUUGUUAUGACAGUCUACUUCCACCUCAGACGGAAAAUGGGUUAUUUUAUGAUACAGACAUAUAUCCCAUGCAUUAUGACUGUGAUCCUCUCACAAGUGUCAUUUUGGAUAAAUAAAGAAUCUGUUCCAGCUAGAACUGUCUUUGGAAUAACGACGGUUUUGACCAUGACAACGUUGAGCAUCAGUGCACGGCAUUCAUUGCCAAAAGUAUCCUAUGCCACUGCCAUGGACUGGUUCAUAGCGGUCUGCUUUGCCUUUGUGUUCUCUGCUCUUAUUGAGUUUGCUGCUGUCAACUAUUUUACUAAUGUUCAAAUGGAAAAAGCCAAAAGGAAGACAGUGAAAUCCCUGCUUGAAUUUCCAGUCAUGCCAGUGCAGCGAGAACAGUGCACAGAAGAGGCACUCACGACGACAGAUGCCAAUUCAAAUGUGAGGAAAAGAACAAACGCCAUGGUACAGUCGGAAGCUGAUGGUGGGAACCGAACUGAUACAGCAAACAGUUCUAACCAACCUUCGGUGGUAACUCAGGGGUCCUCUGACAUUACACCCCAGUCUCUUUCAGCAUCAAGUCCAAAUCCGUUCAGUCGCCUCAAUGUCUCAGAAACAUUGUCUUCUGCAAGAGCUACUCCUCCAGCUCCUCCCUCCACCCCAAUUUUAACUGGAUGCAUAACACAGCAUGCCACAUCUGGAUCCUCCUCCAUUCAUCAUUUACUCGGAUCUAGACUGGAGCAGAUUCAGACCACAGCUAAUACGGUCGGCACAUCUGUAAAGUCGACUGCUAUCUCUCCGCCUCCUGUUUCCCCUGCCUCCAGCUCUGGCACUAGUAAGAUAGACAAAUAUGCACGCAUUCUGUUUCCAGUCACAUUUGGAGCAUUUAACAUGGUCUACUGGGUAGUGUAUCUAUCCAAGGACACCAUGGAAAAAUCAGAAAGUUUAAUGUAGUUUUGCUGCUAUGUAGUAGUUUCCUUAAUUAUUAUAACAUAUUUGUUGCAGGGUUCCUUCUUUUAAAACUAAUUUUUAAAAAAGAGACCAUUAAUUCUUAUUUUACAAGGCUCUGUGCUAGAUUCCCACUGUGAAGAACAAGUUUAUUGGGAUAAUUAACUCAUCAGUGUAUAAAAGGGAAGAAAAUUGGCUUCCCUCCCCCAAAUGACAGUGAGCUGUCAAUUUGUUCAAACAAAAUACCCUGGGAACACAGAAUUUGCUAUGGAGGGGAGGAACAGAGCUGGGAAGCCAAUCAAAUGCAGUGACACACUUUUAUACAGUGUAACAUACCAUAUAUUCCGGCGUACAAGACGACCUCUGAUGUUAAAAAACAUCCCCCAAAAAUCGGGGGUC